CUGCAGUUGUGUUGUAUAGAAUAGAUCUGCUUGAAAAGUUACACAUUUUAGCAUGGAGUGCUUAACCAAAGACUCGCUUUUAAAGUUUAUGCAAUGGUUUGUGGCAUUUCGCAAACCAAUCGACAUUUGGAGCAACCAUUCGUCAUAUUUGAUAAUAGAAAUAGUGACAUAUUUCUUUGCUGUUCUUACAUUCCGACAUGCAUAUCGUUUAGGAGGACGUUAUAUGUUUUUAUGGUUUGCAAUUAUUGCUCAUGGACUGACGGUAGAGAGUGUCAGUUAUUUUGUUCCUGAUAUUGAUAAUUUCUGGCAUGCUCAGAGUAUGAUUAUGUUACUGGGAAAGAGACUACCACUGCAUAUCAUUUUUUUCUAUCCAGUAUUUUUAUACACUGCAGGAGUUGCUGCUGCACGAUUAAAGCUACCAUUCUGGGCUGAACCAUUUGCACAUGGUUUAGCUGUUGUAGCUAUGGACGUUCCCUUUGAUAUAAUGGGUAUAAAGUCACUAUGGUGGACAUGGCAUGACACUGAUCCUAAUAUAUAUGACAGACAUUAUUGGGUGCCAUGGACAAGCUAUUUCUUUCAUAUGUCAUUUGCAUCAAGUCUGAACAUUUUAAUAAAUGGCUCUAGGAAACUAUUGACUGGAAGUAGUAGUAAAAUUGAAUCUAAGGGAUGUUUUAAGGAAAUGAUGUGUGUGAUAAUAACUGGUCUGUUUAGUUUUCCACUUGGAGCACUCCAGUUUGUAUUGCUGUACCAUCCUCUGCAUGAUAAUCUGCACAUCCAUACUGAAGUAUGCGUGUUUAUAUUAGUGGCUAUCUAUAUAUGUAUUGUGUGGAAUGCUGAUAGGAACCCUGAUGAUGGUGCCAGACCAAAGAAGGGAAAGAAAUGGUUGGAUGAAAUUGGGCUACUAGUAUCACUGCAUUUUAUGUUGUACAUAUUAUUAACAGUUAAUUCUAAACCUGAAAAUAUUAGAUCAAUAGGUUUACAUGAACCAACUGGUAAUUGUAAUGCAACCACACCUGUAUAUACUGCUAUGGGACAAGUGCUGUCAAAGAAAACUUAUUUGUGUACAACUGAAUAUGAUGAAGCUUACUAUGAUUGGCACUGCUUGACAGGUGGAAAACCACCCAAGGAUGGCAUGGAAUGGUACACGAUUUGUGGGAAUGCAUUUCCAAAUCACACUGAGUACAUCGUAGUAGUGACAGCUUUCAGUCUGAUUGGACUGUUUUAUUACUGGCAAAUGUGUGCCAGGUCUGGAAAAGAUCAGACGCGUGGAAAGAAAAUGAAGAAAUCUUAG